AUGGCGACAGAUUCUGUUAAGCCUGCUUAUGCAGGACAAACCGCUAAUGUACCCGGCGCAAACGUCUUUGACUUUGCUUUCAGCAAUCCUUUUCAGAAUGAGAGCGAGUACGUGCCUAGAGCGAGGAGGGUACCCAAGAUUAAAGAUGAUCAGCCCAUUUUCGUUGACCAUGCCAGCGACCGUCCUCUCACAUUCUCUCGCGUAAAACGCGACGCCCUCACUCUAGCAUCAAAUCUCCAAUCUCUAGGCCUCGACCCAAACGCCCUCGAGACUCUCCCCCCAACAGCAUCAUGCACAGGUCCCGAAGUCGCACCCGUGGUCCUCAUCCAGCUCCCUAACUGUCUUCCCUUCGCGACGCUCUUCAUGGGCACAAUCGCAGCAGGUCUCACCGCCACACUUGCGUCGCCAUCGCUGACUACCACCGAACUCGCGUGGAUCAUCAAGAACUCCCGCCCGCGCGUGCUCUUCACUGCAAAGGCGCUUCUUGAUACUGUUGAGAAGGCGAUUGAGUCGCAAGAGGAUGAGGCUUACAAAAAUAGUGUGCGCGUUUACACAGUUGAUGUUGCGAGGGAUUUGUAUCCUCUCUCGCCCGCAUCGCAUGCUGAGGAUGGGGAUUGGAAGAACUUGCUUGUCGACACAAGUUCGCCUCUUACUACCGCUCACCCUUUCUCACCCGAAUCGGCUGCUACACGCACUGCUGUUAUUCUUUGGUCAUCCGGCACGUCAGGUCGAUCAAAGGGUGUCCUGCUUUCUCACCAAGCCAUCAACUUCUCCAUUGCGUCGCUGUGGCACGAUGCGGACUUCUACGGCUUUCAUCAGCGAUGGCUAGGCUAUGUGCCAUUCUACCACGUCUUUGGAUUAACAAACAUCUUUCUGCUGGCUUUCGCGACCGGAUCUAGCGUGUUUAUCAUGCCUGCGUUCAAGCUCGACACAGUCCUGUCCGCUAUUCCACGACGACAGAUUACCUACUUGCACAUGGCGCCGCCCGUCGCUGUCAUGCUCGCCAAGUCGCCCGUCGUGGAACCAUUCGCGCGACACGACGCACGCGGACGCAAUGCUUUCAGUAGUGUUGUCGCAGGCGUAACUGGUGGAGCACCACUAGGCCACGAAGUCGUAGAGAAGGUCUUCCAACGACUAGGUUUCCUCGUCCGAUUGGGCUACGGCAUGUCUGAAGCAUGCAGCAUCACAGUCCAAAGAGGUCUACGAGAAAACGAUAUGCACGGCUACAAGAACGACACAGGCAAGCCUCAUUGGGGCGUGGAACUCAUGGUCGCAGCAUCUGGCGAAGCAGAGUCAUCUUCAGAUGAUACAACCACCAAAGCUGCUCCCUUCGGCGCCCCAGGCGAAAUCCUCGUCAGGUCUCCCGGUUUAAUGAGCGCUUACGUUCCCACCCAAGGUCUCGGAAGCUCUGAAACCCCCGACAUGAGCAUUACAGCCGAAGCCCUCACAUCCGACGGCUGGCUCCGCACCGGCGACGUAGGAACCCUCGACGAAGAAGGCAACCUCUGCAUCACGGACCGCAUCAAAGAGCUCAUUAAAGUCCGCGCCUACCAAGUCGCGCCCGCCGAACUAGAAGCCAUUCUGUGCAGCAGCGACGAUGUCGCAGAUGCUGGCGUAAUUGGCGUGCAUGACAAGAGCGAAGCGACAGAGUGGCCUCGUGCUUAUGUCGUCGCUGCAGAUCAGGAUAAGUCAGAAGCUGACCUUACGACUUUGGCGCACGAUCUUAAGUCCUUGGUGGAGAGCCACUCUGCGCGGUACAAGUGGCUUGUAGGUGGAAUUGUUUUUGUGAAAGCGAUUCCCAAGUCUCCCAGUGGAAAGAUUUUGAGACGAGUAAUUCGAGAUGGUGGUGUGCAGGGUUUCGAGGUGAUGCUCUACCAGCGUAAGAAGCGUGACGCCAAGCUGUAG